CUGUUACGCCUGGAGAACGAACUGUUCGAAGGCUACAUCAGACGGAAUGCUAUAUGUGUUGAUUCUGCUACUCAAAAGACACCAGGGGAGAGCACUUGGAUCCACCAAUUGCGAAAUCAAUCAGUCUUGUCAGAGGUGACUACAAGACAUCUGCUACUUGAUAUUCAGAGCAAAUGUACGAUUGCAAAGAAGGAGGUGGAAUUUUAUGAAAAGGUUAUGAAGGAGGAGGAAAUACAGUUCGAACUACAGUCGAACCAAUACAAGGAAGCGUAUCAUCAGAAAGUCAGGCUUGACACAAUGAGGCUGAUGAAACAACUUAAACAAAAGAAAAUCGCUGUGCGAAUGCGGAUCAGACAAGGGGUUAGGGUGACUCAGCUGGACUGCACCCUGUUGAAGCACCAGAACUCAGCUCUCGAGGAGACUUUGUUGAACAAAAUGGACCAAGUAAACCAGCUGAAUCGGCAGUGCAGUGCAUUACAUCAAGAACUUCGCAGAGCGAAGAAAGACUUGGAUCGUUCAACGGACGACCUGACAAGAACACUCCGUGCCUUCGAAAGAGCGGUAGCAACACUUAGAAAGAAGCGCGAGGAAACUUUAAGAAGAAUCCAGGAGAUCAAGAAAGAAACGUGUUGGAAAAAACAAAUGGAGGACAACUAUCAUCGAUAUAAACUCCCGUCUAUUAUUAUGGCCAUUGAACACAAUCAGGAAAACCGACAAAUCACUAGGGAAUUGAAGAGACGAAAAAGACUCAUGCAAAUAGAAAAAAUGAAACUAGAAAAUCACCGGCGACUAUGGCAUCGCAUUCAGUUCGCUCAGAUCCUACGCCCGGCCAGCAAAUACGCGCCCGAAGGCCACUCACCGAACAACACUUCUUCAGUGUUGGUAAGCACGGAUGAAAUAAUGAAAUCGGAUGAAACGGAUCAGGAGCAGGAGAUUCGGGGUGCCACUUGGAAGAAGAGUGUAGAUACGUCGGUUUUAUGAAAACUAAGAUCUAAACGGAAACAGCUGAGAUACGAAUAAAACGUAUCCUGACCACAGCGACGCAUAAACCUACCGGAACUUUGACGGUUUAGAUUUAGCCUGUCGCGAGGUGUACAAAAAUAAUGCAUCGGCGAUGCAUUAACCAUACAGUAUACACUAUUUGAC